AUGGAAAUUGAUUUCAAGUCCCUUGCUACAGUCGAAGGAGCAGAGAAUUAUCAAGAAGCGGCCAUAAUUCUCGAAGGUCCUCCGAUUGAGAUAUUUGCCCAACGAGCUGCUCCUACCAUAGUACUGAAACCGCUGCGGCAAACACGGGGAAAGUUUUAUUAUGAGUGCAAAACAAAUACAGGAGGAUAUAUGCAGCUGGGCUGGGCAGAUGAAAGCUUUAGAGCCAUCGCCGAUGAAGGAAAAGGUUGCGGUGAUGAUGAACACUCGUGGGCAUACGAUGGCAUGAGACGAUUAAAAUGGCACAAGAAUAACAAAGAGCAAUAUGGUCGUAAAUGGAAAGCUGGUGAUGUGAUUUGCGUCGCUGUUGACUUAGAAAAAGGGGAGAUUAGCUUUGGCUUAAACGGUGAUUGGGAAGGAGAUCUGGGGCGCGCUUUCUCUGGAGUCACAUUCGACGGUGGUGUUUACCCAUGCUUGUCCCUCAUGAGAGGUGAAAGGGUCCAAAUCAACCUAGGGACUAAAACAAACCCCUUUGUUUAUCCCCCUCCAGAUGGGUUCCUUCCUCUGACAGUCACUCAACCAGCGGAGACAGCUGAGUCAGAAUACAAUCGAUUCUCUAGCUUUGCCCACGUGAUUCCGAUGGGUGUUUCAGAAAACAGCUUCACCUUGUCCUUUCCAGGUGAAAUAAUGGUGACAAUGAUGAGAAGGGGGCUCGAAUACGAAGGCAAAAAGAAUGCUCUCAUUCACGCUGGCUAUGAGGAAACUUUGAAGAAAUGGGAAGAAAAGAAGGAGUUGAUUCAAGCUGAAUUAGGCCGUGCAGGUUUAACAAAUGACGAAAUUUUCGCUAUCAUUUGUUACACGCUUGAAAAGCCACCAGUGUAUCGCCAUUUCAAUGGCGACACUAGGAAAGGAUAUACAGGGGACGGAAUGGAUUUUCCAAUUUUAUCUUACCUGCUACGUGAAGCCUGCAGAAAAAUUCUUGUAGCCACGCCCAAGGAGAACCGUACAAGAAUCGUUUACAGAGGUGUAUCUCUAAAAUUCAGCGCAGAGCCUGGUAAAAUAGUGAGGUUUGGCUCCUACACUUCAACAACAGGCAACAUAACCGUGGCGGAAAAUUUUCAGAAAAAUUCUAACGGGACUCAGUUCGUUAUUGUCACAAAAAUUGGCGCUUCGAUUAAAAUGUUGUCAGCUUUUCCCGAAGAAGACGAGAUCCUAAUUCCACCAUAUGAAGUAUUUAAAGUUCACAGAACGGAGGAGGACCCAUCUAGAAUUUACUUAGCUAGUUGUUUUGACGAUUCUUUUGUGGACAGGUAUACCGCUGACGGUAAUGCAGUUAAUGAGGCAGUUGCAUUGGUAAAACAUUUGACGGAAUAAACAAUGAAUUUUAAGUCUAAAGACCUUCAUCAUCUAAUUAACCUACAGUUUUGAGUAACGCUUUAUAUAACGUUUUCCGCACUUGUUCAAGUUGCCCUUGAUUAAGGGGUUUAAGGCCUGGGUCAAAGGUGUGUUCGGAGCAUAUGAGUGAUUGGCAAUAUAUCUCGCUAGGAGACAUAGACGAAAAUAUAUUUUUCCCCAAAGGUAAAUCUUGAAGUUUUCUUGUGCCUUAAUGUUUAGUCAUUCAGGUGACUAAAAAUUGAAAAUAAAAUGAAAUUUGCUAAUUGGUGGCGAAUUUUCUUUGUUCGGAUAAACAAAUUGGCAUUUCUGAAAGAGGAUAAACAUACCUAAUUCUAUAACUUUCUACGUUUGGAAUGAAUGUAAGCGGAGUUUAAAAUUAAAGUUUUAAAUAAUUCAAGAUUAAAUUUGGGCAUUUAAAAAAAAAAUGUGUUCCCUUAUGAUUUUUUGUUGAAGUGCAAUGGACGGUCAUUCCAAACGUGAAGUGUUACAAAUAUUUAAUAUGAAUUAUAAAAAUGUUAUUGUUCGAUUUCUUUUCUUAAACUGGCAACCAACUGGUCAAUAAUUUACCAUUUUUAGCAAAAUGGUCACGUGACAUAUCACGUGACUUAUCAACACAAUACAUAUCUAGCCGAAUCAGUUUUGAUAACGUUAUCGCCAAUAGGCCUUUUGCGUUCAACAGUUUUUUUCGGCCAAAACCUAUCUCCAAAGUAGCUAUUGUAAAAACUAAGAGUGCAAUCAUUGCUUGUUUUUCUUCUCCUCCUUUCCUUCUCCUCGCUCUUUCUUUUUCUCCUUUCCUUUUCCUUCGUUACUAUGAUUUUGGAGCUUCUUGGGCUUACCAUAGUUAUUAGAGGAGACUGGUUAUGAAAAGCGGCAAACAUCAAUGAUAAAAACAACAGUGCUGCAGUUCAUGUUCAAAGCACCGUGAAAGUGCACAAUCCUUUGUUUUCUGUUGGCAAAUUGUUACGGAAUAAAUUAAUGCAACGUUUUAAUUGGUCAAUACAAUCAAAAUGAUAGGAAUUCUUUUGAACGUUGUGCACUUUCAGGUCCACAAAAACAUAUAACAAAGGAGUCUGACGGGUUUCAUAACCAUUCCACUCAAUUAACUAUGGGCUUACGAAACGUGUCUUUUGACCCUUUUUCACUCAAAUGACUGCAAAUUUCCUUAGGCUGGUUUCCAAAAAUCGGCUAGAUAUACUUUGAAAUGUUAAAGACGAUGAGUUCUUUCUGUGACCCAAAUUUUGAUUUAGCUCCGUUAUUGUGCCUAAGUUAUAGCCACUAAAUCAUUUUCUGCAGGUAUUCGCGUUAGUCCCUGGUGUUAGACUACUUGAGCAUAUUCCAGCUCGUUCCCGGUUCCUAGUUUAUAACACUGCAUCCCUUUUAACUGCUGUACAUGCACCUUCUUUUGAAUUCGAAUGAAUAAUAAAACCAGAGAGUUUUCUUGAUUACUUUUUCACUGCGAUAACAUGCAUUUGUUAGCCCUUUUGGUUCCAUUUACACCGAAAUGGCAGAUUUCCCUACCCUUUCAUAUACUUCAACUAGUGUAAACAUUACCCUUUCAUAUACCUGAGGCCCGCAUAGGCCAUUUUAGGGACUACUCUGCCCGGGCGCUUGUUAUAAACUGUUAAAAAAUGACUGAUCUCCCAGUAACUUGAGAUUCAACUAUGGGCGCUUCAAAACCCCUAAAUUUGACCAUAUUUAGGCUACGUUCACACAUUACCGGACGAACUUUCGACCUGUUGAUAGAACGAUUUUCGUAUGACCUUGAAACGAAAACGCGCGAACAAAGCAGAAACGAUAAACGAGUAGCGAGUUGAUUGGUUUAGCAAACGGAUACAAACGCUCCUGGCUUUUAUUUGGUUAAGCGAGCGCUCGGGUUAAAAAACUUCCUCGCUUUGACGUCAUACUGCGAUACGAUUGGCUAAUCGAACAAUGCCUUCUCCUUGUUAGGGUUUUCUUUGGCGGGAAAACCAAGAGGCCAUGUUUUGAUCUUUUCAUCCAUUGGCUGAUAAAACUAUUGACGAACACAUACCGAAACCAUUUUUCAAGGUCAUGUACGAAUAUCGCUCUAAUUCGUACGUUUAGGUGCAGGUGUUCCAUUUACAUUCGUUCAUGCCUGUCCACGGCUCCAAUCUUCCCAUCAUCCAUAGCACCUAACAAUCAUCUGCGUUGCGGGCGCUUCAUUCAGAACAAGUCGAUCUUAAUUUUUCUACACUACACUACACGGGUGCUGACAAAUUUUUGUCAAGUACAAAAAGCUUGGCUCCACCAACAUCUGCGUGGUCAUUACCCUAAUAGUUAAACCAAACGCCUAUAAACCGGAGCAAGUAAGUUCUCUCUUUACAGACCAGUUUUAGUUUAGCCACAGUUUUCGGGCGAAAAUUGAAGUUGAGGUCCGUAUGUCGGAUCUAGCAUAAAUACUGACCGAUUUCCUAAAAGAGCACCGAAGGCACAAGAUUCUAGAGGGGUCCGGGGGCAUGCCCCCAUGGAAACUUUUUCGCUUUUAACUUCCCAGAGUCUCCUUUCCUGGGUUUCUGAGUCAUUCAGAUAGGAUCCUUGACCAGUUCCUUCUCCACGGAUGAAGCCUUGCAACUCGGAAAGUUUUCUCUUUAUAAAAAAUCUGACCGAUUUGCGUAAAACGGUGGAAACCGGUGUUGAUCCGCGCCUGUGCGCAUUCGUAGUGCAAAAAAAGUUUUAAAAAAAACUAAUGUCAUCAAAACUAUCAAAUUUUAUCCUCCGUUAUUUUUAGUGACUGGUUUGUGGGAAUGUAUGCGAUAGUCUAACGUACGGUGGAGCGGCAAAAUCGACAGUAACAAGGGUCAAUAAUUAUGAGAAUAAACUUGUCUGUCAAAACGCCCGAUAUGCCAUUAUGGACUUUCUUUCUUUCUUUCUUUGCCAUUAUGGACUUUCUUUCCCUGCAAGAUCCUGGAACUGUUGGGUUUUUAUAAAUCCGUAACAUAUAAACCCGAGACUGAUGGUAUGUAUAAAUCAGUGUAAUAACUUUGCACUCACACCUAAUACUAGCAGCUUUAGAGAGCUGUUUUGUUCUAAAAUUUUGGGUGUUUCUUGGCAACUGUGCUGUGCGUGAGUAUUGUUCAGUAUUUUCAAUCUUUUUUCCUCUGCGUCAUUUACAGAUGGUAAUUACAUCCGGAACAUCGGAAAACCAUAUUUUACAUCUUCUUUGUCAGGUAUUUGUAUUAUCGUCUUUACCCUGGCUCUAGAGGUCCGUUGUCGAAAUACUUGGGAAGAAAUAACCCGUGGGCACGGUUGAGCUAAGCUCCAGUGAGCUAUCAGAAAUUAGCAGAGAAAAAAAAGUCUGACUCUCCUGUUCGUAUCCUCUCCCAGGCGGCUGCCCGUUGCCCAAAAAGCCUGAGGACUCUGGCACGACAAAGCUGCACCCUGGUAUCAUACAAAGAAAUUGAAGUCGUUUUUUCAUUUUCAAAUUGAUCGGAAAAAAGAAUGGUUUCCAUCUUUCAUGGUUAAAGAGCAAUGAAUUUUUUUUAUCUAUAAUUACCCUAAUAUAAAAAUGGGUUACGAAGCGGAAGGACGUGAAUGUAAAACUUCACAAAAAAGCCCUUAUAUGUGACCAUUUGUGAUAUUAUGAUUCAUUGUUGAAGAAUGAAACAGAAAGCAAAAAGAAAAUCCUAACAUCACGGAAUAGCCUUUGGCAAUGUUAGUUCUAAGAUGAGAUGUGAUACGAAAAAAUUCAAAUCGAUUCACCGUUGCUAAAGUGUAUAUAGAAAUAGUAAAUAAUCGCAAUCACCAAAUAUUUUUCUGGUCAAUGCAAUGACAAACGUGUGUAUAUUGGUCUAUACUGAACGAAUUCGUCAAAUUUGCCGACGCGUUUCCGAACACCUCUCCGUCGGGUCACGAGAUCCGAGUCCAGUUUGCCACGUCGUCCUCUGAUACAUGACGUCAUGAUGUGCAGCAAUUGCUUCCAUCCCCCUCUAAGGAUUAUUGUUAGCACCACGCCAAGCUGAGCUCAGUGGCUCGCUUCCUCUUUUACGAAAAAGCAAGUUAUUUGCCGGUAUUUGUACAUUAUUUCAUUUAGAAUUUAGCUUGACAGUGAGCUAAAUCUGCGAGCAAUUUGACUGGGAGCGAGACAGCCUAACAUGUCCACUAUGAAUCCCGAAUAGUAGGUUGAGAUUAUGGUGUCCUCGUUUUUUUCCCUCUGGCAGGGUUUCGAGUUAAACCGGGAUGAUUCUACGUGUCAUUUGGAAUUUCGCUUUUACGGAACGCUUUUCUUUUUCUGUUUUAUUUACAGUGAUUACCUUUUCAAGCUUCUACUUAUCGGAGACUCUGGUGUUGGAAAAUCAUGCUUGUUACUUCGGUUCGCGGUUGGUAUCGUUGUAUUUUCCUGUUCUUUUGACGAGUAUUGCCUAAUAUGUUGGUUGGAUUUCGAUCGAGGAUGAGAUCUCUGACCGGUAACCGGUUCUCAUUUUAUUUAAGUCUGUGUUAACCGUCGCUAUUUUCUCCUUCAUUUUAGGACGACACUUAUACAGAGAGCUACAUCAGUACAAUCGGAGUGGACUUUGUAAGUUGGUUUAAAAUAGGCUUACCUUUCCUUUUUGCUUUUUGGACUAGCCUGAUAGCUUGCGUAGGUCGGUCGCAAAGAAGGCUACAUUAUGUUAAUUUUAAGUUGAUUUUCUUGUUUUUUCCCUGUUAGAAAAUACGAACCAUAGAAUUGGACGGCAAGACAAUAAAGCUACAAAUUGUAAGUACCCAUAAUGUAGCUAAUGUGUGAACAAUUGUAAAGUAUAAAGUUUGCAGAAUUGCAAGGUCAAAUUGAUCACAAAAGCAUCAAAGUCACCAAUUACGUUGUUGGAUCACAAUGUUACUUUGCUCCGGUGUAAAUUACGAUUUUUUAUUAUUUUGAAUUGACGGUCAUUGGCUUUGUUUUAUUACAGUGGGACACGGCAGGCCAAGAACGGUUCCGAACAAUUACAUCAAGCUACUAUCGCGGAGCUCAUGGAAUUAUAGUAGUUUACGAUGUUACGGACCAGGUAUAAAUUAGAUUCUGUCUUCACUCUAUUCCAUAAUAUAUUUGUUAUUGAAGUUUGGAAGUCGUAACAACAGUUAUCGUGUUUAGUACUUCCUAUAACUGCACUUUCUGCAGUCACGUUUAGUAGAACGGUUCCUGAACGUUGGUUUGCCUGCAAAUACAUCCCUUCUGACCGUUUUAGAUAAAAAUAAUUUUAUGUUGUGGAACGAAUCAGUUCAUAAUGUAGAGACAUAAUCGAUGCAGUCCCGUCACGUUUAUCCAUGUGGACCAAAGUUCAGGAUUAAGGAAAACCAUCAUAAGGGUUCAGAGUCCCUCCUACUUUUCAUUUGGAUGUCUCAUUUUAUAGUUACUUUAUUCACUGGAUUGCUCAAAAAAUGCCAGAAUAUUGUAAUUUCCACUGUUUUGUCAUGUCAUCAAGUCAAUGUUAACCCUUCACCCUCCUGAAGUGAUUGGUUUUAUACAUCAGGUCACUUUAUGCAAAUGUGAAGAAGCAUUGCAUUAAUGUAGAAGAAGUGACCUAAGAUAACGGCCAUUUUUUCCAAAGCUUGACUGCUAACAUGAUAAAGAGUAAAUUAAACCUUCUGUUUUCACCCAAAAUAAAAAAGAAGGUCCAAAGGUGUUUUAAGUUGCAGUAGAUCUUAGCUAGGAUUUCAAGUCUAAAAAAUUUGAAGCCAGGACUACAAUCUUGGACACAAUAAUAGUUGAUGGUGCAAACCCCUUUCCCCUGAAAUAAUUGGUGAUGGUUUGCAAAGGCCAAAAUGUGAUUUUUUCCAACUUAUUUUGUACAAGGUAUGUGGCUUACAGGGUAAAGAAAUUUAACCUUACUAAUGGUUUGCUCAGUGGAGGGGUCGUUUUCCAGGACCUUACAGAGUCUACUGCAGAAGAUUAAUGAAAUAAUCUUAAUGAUUUGCAUUCAUUUUUCACAGCCUCUCUUGUUUUCUUAUUAGCUUUAACAAUGGCGUGUUCUCAUUCCAAGCGGUUUCCAUUUUUGACAAAAAGUAUCAAACAUAAUAUGUUUAUGAUUAUUUAAGUUGUUGUUGGAUAUCUUUGUUGCAGGAGUCCUUUAACAAUGUCAAGCAGUGGUUACAAGAAAUUGACCGGUAUGCAUGUGAGAAUGUUAAUAAACUACUCGUUGGGAACAAGUGUGAUCUUACAACAAAGAAAGUAGUGGAUUUUACAACGGCAAAGGUAUUUAUUCAGAAUAGAAAAAAAAUUAUUGUUUUAAUUUUAACAAUGUGUGGUUGACAAAGUGGGAGCAUUCACAGUUGUUUUUUUAAAAUUAUUGACAUUUACAGUUAAGUUUUGGGGUACUGUUUUGUUUUAGUAGUUUUGAAGCACUGUUUAUUCCUAGAAAUUUACUCAGAGAAAUUUUUUGAAGAAAGAACAAUUUUUUUUGUAGAAGGAAAAUUAUUGGAGUUCUUGUUUAGUUAUCCUAACACUUUUGAAUAAAGGAGAAGACAACAACAGAAGCGUGAAAGUGAUGUGCACUGCAUUCCCAAAUAUCCUCGUCUUUCACCUCAUAUGAAGCAAAAAAUAUGUGGAAUUAUCAACUGAAUUGAUAAUUAAACCAUCCACUUUAAAAUGAUUCAGAAGCUGAUGUUUUGAGCACCAACCUGCGGUCAGAGUGAAUUGUUUUACUGUCUGAUGCAGCACCAUGGUUUCUUAAUCUUAAGAAGGUAACCCCUCUGUUCCUUUUUCAUUUUGAACCCACUGCAGUUUCUUUAUUUCUGCCUUUCCUAAGAAACAAUAUGCUUUUCCCCGGCUUUAGGAAUAUGCAGACUCACUGGGAAUUCCAUUUUUGGAAACAAGUGCAAAGAAUGCCACAAAUGUGGAGCAAGCUUUUAUGACAAUGGCUGCAGAAAUAAAGAAUCGCAUGGGACCCGCACCAGCCCAGCCCGGAACUAGUAAUGUCAAAAUCAAUUCUAGUACGCCAGUAAAGCAAGGAGGUGGAGGAUGCUGUUAGUAGCAAAUUAAAGACAUUGGACUACAAACCGUUUGGUUUGAGUUACUUAACACACAUACCGAAAAUGAUAAUGGGCGCCUAUUUUAUGCAUCUUUCCUCACUUUGAAUACAACACAGACUUUUUCUUGGAAAGAGGUAUAAAUAGAAUUGAAAAUGAUUGAGGUAUUGAUGGCUAUUGUUCCCCUUGCCUUGACCAACUGAUGCAGCAUAUUUAGAUGAAAAAUUAUAGAGCUUUCCUUCUCUUACUAUUUUCUUCAAUAACAUCCAUUUCUCCCCUUUUAAAUUUGAAUGUAGAGACUGGAUUUUUGAACAAACUCAAGUAAACUGGUACAAAAAUAUUGCAUGGUAAUGAAAACACUGACGGUUUAGAGUGUACAAUAGAGUGUACUGUAUUGCAAAGACAUAAAAAUAAAAAUAUUGUUUAAUUGAGAGUCUGUUGAUUAAAAUCACACCUUGCCAAAAAUUCCUUAAAUGUUAAUUCAUUUGUAUUUAUAUUAUGGAAUUGAACUGCUUGUAGUUGUUGAAAAUCUGUGGGAGAUUAUUCAGACAAAGCGUGAUUAGAGACCAGAGGUUGUUGUUUUGUUAUGGAAAAGGCAUAGUUUUAUACAUCAUGUAAGAAUUUCUCUAGACAUUAAAGUUAAGUUCCAUUCAGACAUUGAAUUUAUAAUGUUAGUAACCACUCUCGUGUAAAGUGUCUUGAGCCCCAGCUAAGCAAACAUUUUCACCCUGCAACUUCUUGUUGGAGGAAGUUUUGCCAUCAGGCAGUGUCUCUUCCUUGUGUGGUUGAGAUGAGACAGUUUUAACAAACAUUAGAAACAGACUUUCAAGAACCUCUUCCAACUAUGUUUGCACCUAGAAUGUGUUAAUACAGCCCCUCUUGUUAUUUUGGCAUUUCAGGGGUUAUAACUUCAAAGACUACAUGUGAGCGUACAUUGUUUGAUUUGUGCCCAAGUCAUUGUCAUUAUUCAUUACUUGUAUGACAAAGAUGAAAGUGUCUUAAAUUUUUAGCUGAGGCUCAAGACUAAAAUUCAAAGACAAAACCAUGCUAUUUAAUUACAGCUUGGCUUUAACGCAUUUAUCUUCUUGGGGAUGAACCAUUUUGAGAAAAUUUCCAUUACUCUUUUGGUAGGUGGGUUUGUUGCACUAUUUUUAUGUUAUAAAAAUUAACCUUUGAAUUUUCUGAUAAUAUCAUAUUAAGUAUUUUAAAAUUAGGGAUCCACAACCCUGGAGAACACUGCAUUAAAAUUUCAACAUUGGUAUAUAGUUUCACACAUCUUGCUAAAAGAAGUUUUGAAAAACUAUUCCUUUUUACUAUGUGCUUAAUGAUGUACUUGUUCUGAAAGUCCGCCUUUUUAUCAUUUAUCUUUUGGUUGUCCAAAUAGAGGUGAUAAAUUGUUAAAUUGGCACAGGUAUUCAGAGCUGCAAGUAAGAAGUCGACAUCAGACUAUGUCAGAGUAAAUUUACCUGUGUCUGAAUAUUACUGCUGCUGUGUGUAAUGACAAUACAAAACAGAUUUUAAGUCUUUCUUAAAUUUAGCUGAAGAGUUGCUUAGCAAUUAAAGAAAUUACCAGUCAACAAAAUGUAUGUGAAACAACUUUCUUGGUUUGUCUAAAGUCGUGUCCCCUUCUGACAUACAUCCUUUGUAAAAAGAAAAGUUAUUUGCAGGCCAGGGUAUUGGAAAUGUGGGAUGGUAUGUUAAAUAGAUAUUGUCAAGGUUUUAGCCACAAAGUUCUGACAGGGUACCUACCUUGACUCUGUAGCCAGCAAGUCUAAAAGCAUGGAGUAAAAAAUGUUUUUCUCUAAUAACUGCACCCAGAUGCCCUUCUCAUGAAAUCGUCAUUAAUUUUUGUUGUUGCUAUUUGUUUAUCCCUAUAAAACAAAGCGACUGUGACUCUCCUUUACAAUAAUCGGAAAAAAGCUUUGUUAUGUGUGAAACCCAAACUGACUUAGACGGCUGGACAUAAUUUUAUUUACACUAAAGUGGAUAGUUUAAAUUCAUACAAUUAUGUAAUUUUGCAAGCAAAAUAUUCUCAUUUUGUUGUAAUCAUAGUUAUCUUCAAUAAAAUGUGUGAGUAUAAUAUUAUUGUUGCCUUAACAAGGUUAGUGUCUCAAACUUAAACUCCUUUAAAAUUUACAUUUUUAUUGAUAGUGGUGAAACGAAGAUGUAAAUAAAAUAAAAAGAUAAAAAUAACAAAUAUCUAUUAUUAUUGAGUGUGAAAGGCAUUUGACAUUGUAGAUCUAUGAAACCUGGAUGUGGGGAAUUUACAUGUAAGCAAAAACAUAGGCAGGAAUCAAAAUUUUUGUUUUAAAUUCAGUAGUAACAUUAUUGUCAACCUCAUCGUUUGUAACACUGUAUUUACUUGAUUAGAUGCCGCCCUCGAUUUAUGCUGCUAAUCAAUGUGAAAUAAUCACUAACAAAUGCCUCCCUUGACUACAUGCCCCUCCCAAUAAUUAUUAGAAAAAUGCAUCGUUUAAAUUUCAGGAUUAUAAAAAAAAAACUUGGUCUUCAACACCAUCCAGACUGUGACGAUAAUUAUUUUACCACGGCAAAAAAAGGAGACACGUAACGUCAACC